UAGAUCUGCAUGCAGUUCAUCAUCCGGUUUGAUCCGGACUGUCACCGUGGCGUGUGAACGUGAUUACGCCAAAGUGACCACGCGGCCGGCAAGCCAUCCAGCAGCCUUUCAAACCACACCGCCAUGAUCGUCUUCCCUCCCUGCUCCACUGUUGCUUUGCGGCCAAGCCUCGUCGUCUCGGGCGCCGCGUGCUUCAUUCUCCCCCUCGCGACAAAGCAAGGAAUCCGGAGCAAAGGGGGGCAACGGUCAUCACGUUAGUAGCAAAAGCACGGGGAUCCCAAAACCACAACCCAAGAACCGGACGCGUGCACGCGCAAACCUCCGCCCCUCUCCCCGCGCGCAAUGGCCGGCGCAACCCCAAGCCCCACGCAAACCAGCCAUGUCUCGGGGAGGGCCAUGGCGAUCCCUGCCGGCCUGGUGCCCGCGGCCGUGCUGCUCGCGGCCGCCGUUGGGCUCCUCGCGCUGCUGCCUUCGCUGGCCCAGGCGGUGUGGGAGGUGCCCCACCUCGCCCUCCUCGGCCUCGUCAUCUCCUACGGCGUCUUCACCCAGAGGAACGCCGACGCCGGCGGCGAUGGCAGCGCCGCCAAGGAGGGCUCGCUGGCGUGGAACGCGCGGUACCACCCCGACGGCCCCCUCGUCGUGGUCGCGGAUCACGCGGCGCCGAGCGGCGGCGGCGGCGGCGGCCAGCGAGGCGCGCGGGAGAGGCCGCUUUCCUUGCCGGUACGGAGGCUGAAGACCGCGCCGUCUUCGGCUAAGCAGUCAGAAACCGAUGGCGAUGCCGGUGAUGCCUUCGGUGAAGAGACGGAUAGCUGCGCGUCGUCGUCGGGGUUCUGGGCCGGCGCACGCGCCGUCCCUUCGCCGCCCUCUGUUCUCGACGCCGACAUGGGUCUGUCUCCGUGCUCACAGCCACAGUCGCCACGGCCCUUCUUUAUCCACAGCGCCAACACGUCCCACGGGCUCAACGCCGCGACGCCGUCCACCAUGUCGAGGGGCUUCGCCCCGGGCUACCGUCCUUCUGUGCCCCACGACCAGCCGUGUAGCGACGACGGCGAGGGCAGCGACUGGGACGACGAGGACGCCGACGGGUCGGACGAGAUGACCGUGUCUUCAGAGAGAUCGGUCCGCGGCGACUUCGCCGCUGCCUGCGCUAAUGAUCACAGCGAAGGCGACACGUCUGUGGACGAAGAGCUUCUGGAGCUGGCGGCGAAGGCGGGGCCGGACGGGGAGGAGGAGGUGGACAGGAAGGCCGACGAGUUCAUCGCCAAGUUCAGGGAGCAGAUCAGGCUGCAGAGACACUAGCCGGCCACGGCAUGCAUUGCCAUCGCUGGAUCCAUGCAUGCUCUGCCAAGUGCCGAGCACCCAUCCCACACACCACAUGACGAACGGCGAGUGUAGCAGUCGUACUGCGUAUUUGUUCAUCCGUUCAUAUUCGUCUGUAGCAUCGUGUUUCCCGUACCAUUUUUAUUGUUUUUUUUGGGUGCUUCGACGCAACUAGGAGCCGGAGACACGGGUGCACAUGGAUUGGAAACUACACGGCGUUCUUUCAGCGCAUUUGUGCAGUCCUCCUCGUAUCUGCUGGAAAGCUUGCGAUGUACUGUAGUACCAGGAUGAACAUGAACUGCUACAAUCUGCACAUAAA